ACCGCAGACGACAAUUGAGAAAGCACGUUGAAGUCGCCGGCGCCCGGAGUUGGAGGUGAUACAAAGAAGCUAUGUGCGGUCGAACUCGCUGUACUCUUCGAGUGGAUGAUUUCCCUCUUGCAUGCCACGUCUCCGGCCGCCGCGUCCGUCAAGUCAACUUGGACCGGUAUCGGCCGUCGUAUAAUGUGUCGCCAGGCUUCAAUGUUCCGGUUGUUCGGAGAGAAGAAAGUCCCAAUGAAGACGGUGCUGUUGUCCACUGCAUGAAAUGGGGGCUAAUUCCCAGUUUUACUAAGCAGAACGAAAAGCCAGACCACUACAAAAUGUUCAAUGCUCGAUCUGAAUCUAUAAAAGAGAAGGCUUCUUUUCGCCGUCUCCUUCCUAAAAACAGGUGCCUUGUUGCAGUGGAGGGGUUUUAUGAAUGGAAAAAAGAUGGGUCGAAAAAGCAACCUUUCUAUAUACAUUUGAAGGAUGGUCGGCCACUUGUAUUUGCUGCUCUUUAUGACUCUUGGAAGAAUGGGGAAGGAGAAGUUAUUAAUACAUUCACUAUUGUGACUACUUCGUCCUCAUCAUCUUUGCGAUGGCUCCAUGACAGGAUGCCUGUGAUAUUUGGCAACAAUGGGACAUCUGACUUAUGGUUGAAUGGUUCUCCGUCAUUAAAUGUUGAAGCUCUACUAAAACCAUAUGAAGACUCAGAUUUGGUUUGGUACCCCGUAACACCUGCAAUGGGAAAGUCUUCAUUUGAUGGACCUGAAUGCAUUGUAGAGAUACAACUCAAGGCAGAAGAGACCAAAUCGAUUUCACAGUUUUUCUCAAAAAUGGGAGAGAAAGGCACGAAGAGCGAAGUGACACCCAAAGAGCCCCCAAAGGAGUCUGAAAAGAUUUUGAUGAACAAAAGUGAUGAUGGUGAUGACAAUAAACCUGAGGUUUCUAAUGUUACUCUCUGGGAGCAUGAUAGCAUGGCUAUUAAACCCAAGAGACUGCAAGAAGAGCUUUUGGAUGAUGAUAGCAAGUCAACUAGUGUCGGGAGACCAAAAAAGAAAGCCACAAUUGCCAGUGGAAAACAACCUACAAUCUUUUCUUACUAUGAAAGAAGUUAGUGUAAACUGUUAAGUAUGUUCAAAGUUUUGGUUCUUGCUCAUAUGCCCCCUCAUCGUGUAUUGUGUGUAAUUAUGUAUGGGAUGUGAUGGUGAAUCUUACCCAAAACUCAUUUUGUUAACUUUAUCUGUCUGUAGGCUUUUAGUACUGUACCAAAAAUGUACUCCGUACUAGGGAAGAUAAAGAUGAAAAUACUAAGCACCAUUUUGGUCAUUAUUUAUUUGUAAUUCCUGUGCAGUG